AUGAGAGUCAAAUGUGUAAACAGAGCCAUAUAUGUGCUGACGGUGCUACUUUUUUCUAGGCUGGUUGUUUCUCAAGUUGUCCUAACACCAUCUAAUUCAAAUGCUGAUCCGAAACAAAAAGAUACAGCAAAUACAGUUGCUGCAGUGGAAGCUAAUAAUGACGCUAACAUAGCUAAGAAAGACGCUGAAUCAGAUCUAGUUAUUGGAGAUCAUUUGGUCUGCAAUACAAAAGAAUGUUAUCCCAUAGGAUUUGUACCCUCUACAGAAUGGAAAGAAAUCAGACCUGGUCAACGACUACCUCCAGGACUUGAUAUUAGAGUAAGCCUAGAGAAAGGUGUUAGGGAAGCUAAAUUACCUGAACCAGGAUCCGAGAACAUUGGUAAUGAGGAGGAAGAUGUGAAGGGUUUGGUACUUGGUGCAGAAGGUUCGACCUUAUCUGAAUCUGAAUUGAAAGAAACCUCAGAGGAUUUGGAAAAUGAGCAGAGUGGAUUCAAAUUGAACAAUGCUGAAAAAGAGAGCGAUAUUCUACAGCAAGAAACUGAUCUUAAGAUAGCGGUGUCGGAUAACGCUGAAGCAACCUCUAAUGAACCUGCGGGGCACGAAUUUUCUGAAGAUUUUGCCAAAAUAAAAUCCUUAAUGCAGUCACCAGAUGAGAAGACGUGGGAAGAAGUUGAGACUCUUCUUGAUGACUUAGUUGAGUUUGCACAUGAUUAUAAAAAAGGUUUCAAGAUUUUGUCAAAUGAGUUCGAAUUAUUAGAAUAUCUUUCUUUCAACGAUACUCUUUCUAUUCAAAUUAGAGAGCUGGCUGCUAGGAUAAUCGUCAGUUCGUUAAGGAAUAAUCCACCAAGUAUUGAUUUCGUGAAUGAAAAAUAUCCACAGACCACCUUUAAAUUGUGCGAGCAUCUUUCUGAACUUCAAGCUUCUCAGGGCUCAAAAUUACUUAUCAAGAGGUUUUUAUCUAUACUUGACGUGUUGCUGAGCCGCACAGAAUAUGUGUCCAUAAAAGAUGACGUUUUAUGGCGCUUAUACCAAAUUGAAGACCCAUCUUCUAAGAUCAAGAUAUUAGAAAUCAUUGCCAAAUUUUAUAAUGAGAAAAACGAACAAGUCAUUGACACUGUGCAACAAGACAUGAAGACAGUGCAAAAAUGGGUGAAUGAAUUAACAACAAUAAUACAAACACCAGAACUAGAUGAACUUCAUCUCAGAUCCUUCUUCCAUUGCAUCAGUUUCAUAAAGACACGUUUCAAAAACCGUGUCAAAAUAGAUUCUGAUUUCUUGAAUUGGUUAAUCGAUGAGAUUGAAGUGCGCAAUGAAAAAUCGAAAGAUGAUAUUUAUAAAAGAGAUGUGGAUCAACUGGAAUUUGAUAAUCAGUUAGCCAAAAGCAGACAUGCAGUUUUCGGUAACCCAAAUGCUGCCAGACUAAAAGAGAGACUCUUUGACGAUGAUGACACUUUAAUAGCCGAUGAGCUAUGA